AUGUUCUACUCCGGCGUCUCAAAGCUUUAUGAUGGGAUUUGUCUGUUAUACUGGGGAUGUGUGGUCGACCUUGUGGAUGUAUACUAUGCUGGCAUCGGGUUGAAUAUUCUGAAGACUUCUCUGCACAGAGGUUUCUUCUACGCGCAACAAUUUCUACUGCAUGCUCUUACAAUCGAUCGGGGAAUCCUCGCAUUUCUGGGGCACCGUGUCCACCGAUUCGCUCGAUAUUUCACGGUAGUUUAUGGGAUUGUGAUGAUGGCUUUGCCAAUGAUUCCAAUUGGCAUGAUGACUGGCAUAAUAUACACGAUCGGGCCUCUAACGGGUAAUGAAGUGCAUUGCUGGGGUGGCUACUAUUUCGAUCCGGGAAAUAUGCAGACAAAACGGAUAUUCUUACGCGAUCGCUACGCCGCUGUACUUAUGAUACAAGUCAGCACAUGGUCUCUGGGAAUCAUGACACUCACCAUGGUGCUGAAUCUGGCGACGUUUUGGCGGUUCAAGCUGCUGCUUGGCUUUGCCAACUUGGCGUAUUUUUGUGACGAGCUUCUGCUCGCGUUGACCAACGAUGACAAGCUGUCGGGCAGCCACUGGAUCAAACGGGAAGACGUCGGCCGGAAUGUCGCUAAAAUGUACUCGCUUCACAUCGGUGCUGUAUUCACUGGAAUUCUGUUUGUCGCCUACGGUUUGAGCUGUCCGAAUAAGAACACCGGGAAGACGCAACAGACCAUCGAGCUUAACAGAGCUUCCUCAUCG